AUGGGGAGGAGUCCUUGUUGCUCCAAAGAAGGACUCAACAGAGGAGCCUGGACUGCAUUGGAAGAUAAAAUACUUUCAGCAUAUAUUAAGGCUCACGGGGAAGGCAAAUGGAGAAACCUACCCAAGAGAGCUGGUUUGAAGAGAUGUGGCAAGAGUUGUAGACUUAGAUGGUUAAAUUAUCUAAGACCAGAUAUAAAAAGAGGCAACAUAUCCCAUGAUGAAGAGGAGCUCAUAAUCAGACUCCAUAAUCUUCUUGGCAACAGAUGGUCUUUAAUAGCUGGAAGGCUACCUGGGCGAACAGACAAUGAAAUCAAAAACUACUGGAACACUACUUUGGGAAAGAGAGCCAAAGCUAAUGUAUCCUCACCAACAUCCCCAGAAGCGCCAUCAAGCAAAUCUAGACAUAAAAGGCUUACAAAUGAGUCGCAGGUCAGCGAACCCUCAAAUUCACCACAGGCUACAGAAACCAAAAUCCAAGUGAUCCGGACUAAAGCCACUAGGUGCUGCAGCAAAGUCCUUGUUCCAUUACAGCCACCACCAACUCAAGAUAUUGAUAUUAACAAGUUAACACUUCAGGACCCUUCCGAGCUUCAAGAUUAUCUACCUUACUUAACAAAUCAUCAAGAAAUGGAUAAUACUGCUAGAGUUCAAAGUCACCAUGGAACUGAAGUGCUUGAUGCGUUGUACAGUCAUGGUCAGGAUUUCUUGAACUUUGGAGUCGAUGAUGAUCAGCUGCAACCAAGAAAUGGAGAAUUUGAGGAGAAUAAUGACAUCAACAAGAAUCUAUUCGAGGAUCCUGUGCAACCCCUGCCGUUUGAUGAAGCAAUGUUCAAGGAUUCCACCAUGGAUUUAGACUCCUUGGCAUUUUUACUUGACUCUGACGAAUGGCUUUGAUAGGGAAAUCACUGCUCCAGCGUUCAUUUAAAAAAAAAAGAAAGAACAUAUGUAUAAAAUAAUCAGUGCCUGUAUCUUUUCUCUCAUAAAUACUGCUACUUUUGCUGGUUGCAAAUUUACA